CGACUCAUGUCUGAAGCAGAGAGAGAGAGAGAAAGAGAGAGUCAGAUAUCCUGCAACGAACCUAGGAAGUGUCUUUGUUACAAACAAAACAGCCAGGGCAGGCAUAGCUACUGUAUUAAGAACUCGAAAAAGAAGCCACCAUCGGAACACCAUUAAAUUAUUACCAUUCGAUGGUGACAAACAUUGGAAGGGCACUAAUAAAUGUUAAAAACACUACCAUCGAAAGAAAACAUCGAUGGUUCAGAAUCAUCGUUCAUCUCUGCAAGACGGUUAGGAAACCAAGGGAACACAACGCUGUUAUGGAGGAAGCCAGAGGCAGCUGGGCACACUGUACACUGUAGCAGCAGCAGCAGCAGCGCUAAGCAAGGAAGGACCCUAUUGUACUUUCAUAAUAGACCAGUCACUGCACUCAGUGCAUUAUACAACGGACAGAAGCAUUUUUAGCAAAUCAUGAUUGACUCUGUUCGAAUACGCCGCCAAGGAGCCAUGGACUUCAGGUCUCACUAUGACUACUUGUGUCUCCUGCAAGACUCUGUUCCAUUACAAGCUGUAAAGGCUGAUCUCCGACAAGGAGCCCUAUGCUUUAAUGCCGAUCGAAUAAAAUUAUCUGAUUGGCCACCUAUUCUGAAUACUUUGAAAAUCAACAAGAACUUGACACGUGUGUCCAUAAAAAGCUGCCAUCAGUCAGGACUUGGAGAAACAGAUUCCGAAAAAUGUGGAAUCCAAUUUCGAAGGCGUAUUCCACCUGUUCGGUCAAAGGACAUGACAUUCCAAUUAUGUAGGGCAAUAACAGCCUGUUUGAGUGUGUCAAGUGCUUUGAAAGAUUUAGAGCUCCAUGGACUGCCUUUGAGAGAAAGAGAUUUGCUAACUUUAGCAAAGGGCCUGGCUGCCUCAUCCUCUUUGGAGAACUUAUCUUUACCGUAUUGUUCUUGUGGAGAUGAAGGAUUGGAAAUAAUCAUUCAAAGUGUGAAGAAUUCGGCAACAAUUAAAACAAUCAAUUUUACGGGUUGUAAUGUGACAUGGCGAGGAGCUGAGUCCAUUGCAAGUAUUAUAAAGCAUCAGGCAACCAGGAGGCACAAUGAAGCCUGGCCAGAGAGCCUUCGCUAUAGAAGGCCUGACCUUGACUGCAUGACUGGAUUGCGGCGAAUCUCCAUAAACUGCAAUACCCUUGUCGGUGACCAGGGAGCAAAGGCAUUCGCUGAAGCGCUUGAAGAGGACCUUUGGUUAAAAGCACUAGAUAUGCGGCAGUGUGGAAUAUCCAAUGAGGGGGCAAAAGCCUUUCUCCAUGCCCUGCAAACCAAUACAACUCUGAUGGUCUUGGAUGUAAGAAAAAACCCACUGAUUGACCAUUCAUUGUUGAAGACUGUUAUUGAAAGGGUUCUAUUGAAUGCUCAUGGGACAAAUAAAGAGUUCAAAUGGUUUACAUCUCCAUCUCCAAAGGAAGGGUCAAAAAUGAGAAGAGUUGCCACUUUACGAAAUGGACUGAAAGGAAAAAACACAAUCCGCAUUGGAUUUGCUACCAAGAAACCUUUUGUUUCUGGAAGAAAAUCUGCACCCAAAGAAAUGUAUUCUCCUGAACCAAAGCCUCCAGGAGCUAAAGGUUUCUUACCCUGGAGGACUGCAGAGCGGGCAAACCGACACAGAGAAUUGUCAGCAGACGGUAUUCCAUACUCUCCCACACAGACAGGUAGUCAAGUGAAAGUGUCUGUGGAUAGUGAUACUUCGUCUGACACUGAUGAAUCUGAGACCACAUCAGACCUCCUAAUCCAAGAACCCGCGGUGUCUGAAACUCUUGAUAAAAAAAACACCAAAUACUAUAGGCAGCUACAGGUUGCGUAUGAGGAAUGCCAACUGAAGUUGGAGGAGGAAAGAAAAUUAAGAUCAAGAUACGACAGCAGGAUAAUGAAGCUGGAAGUUGAAAAUGCUCGUCUGAGGCAAAUCAAUCAGACUCUUUCUGAGGCACUAGAAACACGAACAGUCACUUCUACACUAUUGGAGGAUGAAGGCGUUCUUGACAGCAUUGAAAAAUCCUUCAGCAAAUUCCACGCUUUUCUGGAUCUUCUAAAAGAUGCAGGGUUGGGUCAACUUGCUGGGCUGGUAGGCAUUGACCAGUCCGACUUUGCCUUGCCAGGGGAUCCGCAAAUGUCUUCUACAAUUGGAAAAUAUCAACAAGCGUCAUCUGAGACCAUCCACAACCUGCACAGAACCCACUUACUUGACCAGACUCCACACAUAGAUAAGAAAGGUGCUCUUAUUGGUGCGUCAGAAGCGUCCCAUGAAUUUUAUGCCACCAGCCAGAAGAGCAAAGAAGAAAGUGCGUUUGAUCUUUCUAUAAAGGAUGUACAGGCACAUAGGAUUGCUUCUGAACAGCAAAAUGCCAUGAUAGAUGCAGACUGGUUGAUAUCCAAUCAGCCUGACAAGAAAGUAGCUGGUAAAGAAUGCUCAGCAUCCGAUUCCAGUCAAAGUAAGAAAAGCAGCACAAGUAAAAAGUCCAAAGAAUCAGCUAGCAGGAAGGAUCGAAAGCAGUCUUCAGAAAAAUGUCUCUCUACAGAGACCAACAAAGUGUGUCCUGAGGACAGAAGAGAUGAGAAUAGUCACAAAACAUCACUGUUUUCUGAAGCCAGUGUAUUAGAGUCAGAAAUCCCGGAAAACCUUCAGUCUAUAGGAAGCAAACACAGUAGCUCAAAUUAGUGAGCUUCAAUCAAAAAGGGGCAGAUGUAUUAACCUGGAGAAGGCAUAAGGA